AUGAGAUCCCCGACCCCAAAUUACAUGAAGGAUACCGUGGCUGCCAAAGGCAGACGGAGCACAAGCCCCCAGCAGGGCCCGCUUUCCCCAGUCAAAAAGGUACGCCGGACAACGCCGCCAAGCGCAUUGACUUCUGGGCCUUCGGAUUCGCCUUGCAAUGGCAAGGCGUCUCAAGAAAGAACGCUCGUGAGAACCAUCGAUGUUUAUUCUGACGGCCAUGUGGUGGUGAAGGACGUUAGCCAACCGGAACCUUCGAGCUCCAUCCUCUUGGAGACGGAGCGACAAGCUUUUGUCGCUUGGAGCCUCGAUGCGUUUAGCAUCAUCAACAGCUUUUGUAGGAAUCCGUCUUCGCAGAUCGAUGGCACGUACAACCGACAUACCGUCACGUGGGUGCACAGCUCCAUUCAAGAAGGAGAACCAUUAGUGGAAUGUGCGGAAAUCCUGCACAACUUCUUGAGCAGCGGCUACAGGAAGCUGGCCGCAAGCAACAAGCUGGAGACACACCUGCUGACGCUGUGGAGGACUUCCGAUGUCGCGUUGUGCGGCGGGCAGCAAUGGCUUUCAUUCUCCACCAGCAAUCCUUUGAAAUACAAGACAAAAAUGAUGGUGCUUCCCAAGGCUAUGCGGCAUCGUGCCCGAGGUGUUCCGCUAGACAAUGACGGCGUUUGCUUAUCCAGGUGGCCAGCCGAAGCCGAGAUUCUGUUCCCUCCCGGAACGGUCUUCGGCAUCUCGGAGCAGUACAAAAGAUCCGACGGCGUGUAUGUGUUGGCCAACUCAGCGCUUCCUGCGCUGAAGCGCUUGCAGAAUCCCACCUGGGCUGAUAUGAUCCGGCAAGCCGCGCCACCGGGAUGGCAACAAGAUGAAGCCCUCAAUUGGGUGGAGGAGCUCAUCGUGCUGAAGGAGUGA